GCUUGAGGACAAAGACAAAGUAAAUAUUUAUUUUAUCAUAUUGGGUUUCAAUAUUCUAUUUACACUUCAACUUCGUCUAUUAUACUUAAAGAAAAUAGACUUCACCUCUUCUGAAAUUCAAUCGUUCCUUAAAGAAUUUUCACAAAAAUUAAAUGAACUUAAUCUAACAAAUAUCUUUGGUAUAUGCGCUAUUAAUGAAGAAGAUUUUAUGAAACCUGGUAUCGAAUAUACUGAAGAAAGAAAAAAUAUUACAGUCCCUUUAGCUGAUGCGACAGACAAUUUUGAUAAAAUUAUUGAAGCUCUUUGGGUUUUUAAUAGUGACCCUAGCAAAAAAUUCAUUCAGUGGGGUUGUGUCCGAUCAUGCGCUGCUGAUUUAUGGGGUCAUCAUAAUGCAUUUCAUACACGUAGUUAA